ACUGAGUCCUACAGAGUCCUUUCCACCAAAGCUUGAUUUAUUCUUCCGAAGCAAUUUGUCUUGAAACGGGAAACAUAAACUCAAUUCUUUCCCGCAUGAAUUUGAUCGACAACAUACUUUGGAAAGAAAAAACAACUCUGCAAAUUAUCAAAGUUGGGCGGGAAAGUUUGAAUGCCAAAAGUCACAGAGUCUCAGCAUAGCCUGAUUGGAUCGGCACCCUUAUUACCACUUCUUCCGGAACAAAAGUACGUUGAGGUCAAAGCACAAUGUAGAAAACGGCGUUCAAAAAAAGUAGAUAUAAGGAACACAAAUCGUUGGAUUGGUUCAACUUCCACAACAAAGAGAGACAGGGACAUUUUAGAAGAGGAGGAAGUCUUCAACUUACUGCAAGCGUUUAGAAAGUACUUUCCAGAACCACCAAGCAACUUGAAAGCUCAACAAAUUAUAGAAGUAAGUUAGAAUACCUGUUUGCUUUCUGGUCACUU